CCUGUUGCUUGUGCUUGAUCCGUUUCUUCAUUCAUUCAUUCAUUCAUUCAUCGCCUCGCUGGGUCACUGGAGAUCAAGAAGUGAUCAAGUUUCAAGAUGGUGGGUGACGGCGAUGUGGUGAUGAGUGACGGUGCGGACCGGCAUAAGCACCUGUGCAAGGUGCUCUACCGCAAGAGCCCCUUCGCCGACGAAGACUGCUUCCAACCUGGAGAGGAGGUCAGUCAGAUCUCACACGCAGACACAGCGACAGAUCGGCAUCGGCAUGCAGUGCACGGCUGUAUAUAUUCUGUCUGUCGUGUGGACCAGACCCGCAAGUAUCUGCAGGAAGAGUGCAAAGUGCUCGUCAUCGGAGCGGGCGGGCUCGGUGAGUGAGUGGGGGGAUGGGUGGGUGAUCCCCUUUGUUUGUUUGCGUGGUACGUCUUAAGCUGACGCGUGUGUGUGUGCUCUGUGUGUCUGCGUGUCUGACUUCAGGCUGUGAGAUUCUCAAAGAUUUGGCGCUGAGUGGCUUCCGCGACAUUCACGUCAUCGACAUGGACACCAUCGACAUCACUAACCUCAACAGACAGUUCCUCUUCAGGCAAACAAAACACACACACACACACACAGAUUGGGCCGUCGGACCCCAUGGUUGUGUGUGUGAUGUGAUGUGAUGUGAUGGGUUGUGGUGUGGUGUGUUUAGGAGUCGGGAUGUGGGUCGUCCGAAGGCUGACGUGGCGGCCGACUUCAUCAACAGGCGGUGCGGCCACAUGGGCGUCAACGUCACGCCACACAACUGCAAAAUACAGGACUACGCUGAGGACUUCUACUCACAGGUACCGUCACGCCACCGACACUCGUCCAUCAGUAGAGGUGCAUGGGUGUGAGUGGUCUGGGCGUGUGUGUGUGUGUGUUGUCUGGUGGGUGGGUCAGUUCAACGUGAUAAUAGCCGGUCUGGACAACAUCACUGCUCGUCGGUGGAUCAACUCGCUCCUUCACACAAUGGUCGAAUUCGACGAAGAUGAAAACCCUGAUGGAUCGACCAUCAAGGUAGGUACCCACACACACACCUGCACUGCACACACGACUGCACACACGACUGCACAGUGACUCUCUCUCUCUCUCUCUGUGUAUGUGUGUGUGUCUGUCUGUGUGUCGGCCAGCCUCUGUUGGAUGGCGGCACUGAGGGUCUGAAGGGCCAGAGCCGUGUCAUCAUCCCCUAUAUGACGUCAUGCUUCGACUGCUCACUCGACUCAUUCCCGCCACAGGCAAUGAAUGCACCACACACAGAGACAGAGGGAGAGACAGAGAGAGAGACAGGGAGAGAGAGAGAAAGAGGGAUUCUUUUGACACGUGUGUGUGAAUGUGUGUGCUGUGUAUUGUGUGCUGAAGGUGAAUUAUCCCAUGUGUACCAUUGCCGAGACGCCCCGUCUGCCGGAGCACUGCAUCGAGUACGUCCUCGUCGUCGAGUGGGACAAACACUUCCCUAACAGGAAACUGGUGCUCACCUCUACACAACAAAUCAAACCAAACCAAACCACCACAUGCACACCGCAUGGCGAUCAUGUGUGUGUGUGUGUGCGUGAGUGUGUGUGUAGAAUACCGAUUCCCCUCAGGACAUGAAGUGGAUCUUCGACCAGGCUAAGGAGCGGGCCGACACGUUCGGCAUCCGCGGCGUCACAUACUCUCUCACCAUGGGAGUCGUCAAGGUGGGUGCGCCAACACACACAGGAGCCAACACACACACACACACACAGACGUGAAGCGAACCUCUUUGUGUGUGUCUGUGUGCAGCGGAUCAUUCCAGCGGUGGCCUCGACCAACGCACUUAUCGCUGCGUCACUCGUCAAUGAGGUAGCCACACCACACCACACCACACCAUACCCAGCUGACUACUCCGCUCACUCACACGCCAGUCGUGUGGUGUGGUCAGGCGCUGAAGAUCUCCACGUACUGCGGUCCGGUGCUGAACACUUACAUGAUGUACAUGGGCAACGAGGGCGUCUACAUACACACAUUCGAAUAUGAAAAGAAAGACGUACGGACGGGCGAACGAAUGCACCGCACGACGGGCGGGGCGGACGUCACCAGACCACACCACUCCCAAGGGGCUGGGCUACACACACACAUACACACACACACACACACAGACAGAGACACAAACAGUGGCUGUGCUGUGCUGUGCUGUCUGUCUGUGUGUGUCAGGACUGUUUGGUGUGUUCGGGUACGAUCCGCAACCUGUCCAUGCCCGCCGCCACCUCACUACAGGGACUCAUCGACAGGUCGGUAUGUCGGGAUGGACUCACUGACUGAUUGUGCACACACACAUGCCCAUGCACACCACACCCCCGGCAAGGGGCUAGCAUCUUGCCCCUCUCUCUCUCUCUCUCUCUCUCUCUCUGUGUGUGUGUGUGUGUGUGCCGACAAUCAGUCUGUGUGCGGAUCCGUCGCUGAAGCUGCAGAGACCUUCCAUCACUUCCGACAAAGUGAGUGCGCUUAGACACCUGGCCACCCGCCCCCCGGCAGCACCAGGCGGCACAGCGCUGUGUUGAAUUGAAUGUGAUUGUGGUGUUUUCAGGCUGUGGUGUUCAUGUCGAGCCCGCUGCUGCGCAAGGACCACGAGUACAAACUGCCCAUGACGCUGCGGUCAGUCAGUUGUCAGACACACCACCUCGCUGCACUGCAACACCAUUCCAUCAUGGUGCUCUGUUGUGAGUUGUGAGUUGUGGGUGUGUGCAGGCAGCUGGUGGAUGAGGGUGUGCUUGGCGAGAAUGAGGUGCUCAUCGUCACCGACCCGAUCAUACCCUCCAAACUCAAAAUCAGAAUCGCUCUCACUUAGAGACACAGACAGACAGACAGAGAGACAGACGGCGGACGGUGUGUGUGUGUGUGUGCGUGCGUGUAGAGCGUUUAUCGGUCAUGUAUCUAGCUAGCCUAGCAUCAUGGGGGGGAUGAUUUGGACCCCUCUGUGUGUGUGGUG